GGUGGGGCCUGCUCGCGCGCAUGCGCGGCGGCACAGCGCGGCGCCAUGGCGGAGGGGUCCUCCGCCGAGGCUGGUGGCGAGGUGUUGCGUCUCCGGCGGCUCCGCGGCGGGGGGUACUUCGAGGUGCCCCCGGAGCAGCGGCUGGGCGCCUGCCGGAGUGUGAAGGAGUUUGAGAAGCUGAACCGCAUCGGCGAGGGCACCUACGGCAUCGUGUACCGUGCCAGAGAUACCAGAACAGACGAGAUCGUGGCGCUGAAGAAGGUGCGGAUGGACAAGGAGAAGGACGGCAUUCCCAUCAGCAGCCUGCGGGAGAUCACCCUGCUGCUGAGGCUGCGGCACCCCAACAUCGUGGAGCUGAAGGAGGUGGUGGUGGGGAACCACCUGGAGAGCAUCUUCCUGGUGAUGGGUUACUGCGAGCAGGACCUCGCCAGCCUCCUCGAGAACAUGCAGACGCCCUUUUCGGAGGCUCAGGUGAAGUGCAUCAUCCUGCAGGUCCUCAGGGGGCUCCAGUAUCUCCACGAGAACUUCAUCAUCCACCGGGACCUGAAGGUGUCCAACCUGCUCAUGACGGACAAGGGCUGUGUGAAGACGGCGGAUUUCGGGCUGGCUCGUGCCUACGGAGUGCCGCUGAAGCCAAUGACCCCCAAGGUCGUCACCCUCUGGUACCGCGCCCCGGAGCUGCUGCUGGGGACAAUGACCCAGACCACCAGCAUUGACAUGUGGGCUGUGGGCUGCAUCCUGGCAGAACUGCUGGCCCACAAGCCGCUGCUGCCGGGGAGCUCCGAGAUCCACCAGAUCGACCUGAUCGUGCAGCUGCUGGGGACGCCCAACGAGAACAUCUGGCCGGGCUUCUCCAAGCUGCCGCUGGUGAGCCAGUACACGCUGCGCAAGCAGCCCUACAACAACCUCAAGCACAAGUUCCCGUGGCUGUCGGAGGCCGGGCUGCGUCUCCUCAACUUCCUCUUCAUGUACGACCCCAAGAAGAGGGCAACGGCGGGCGACUGCCUGGAGAGCUCCUACUUUAAGGAGAAGCCCUUGCCCUGCGAGCCUGAGCUCAUGCCCACCUUCCCGCACCACCGCAACAAGAGAGCCGCCACCACCAGCACAGGGGCUGAAACCCAGGGCAAGCGCAGCAAGCCCUGAGUCGGCUGCAGGAGUGGGGAGAAGACCCAAGUGUACCCAAGGCCUGCACUGGCGUGGGGAGCUGCAGUGACUAUGACCAACUGCUGAGCCCAAGCGCUGCUGGUCCAGCUGCUGCCAGGGAGAGGUGCAAGAUGUGCGGUGGCCUUCCCGCAGGGCCGCGGCAUUGCUGUCAGCUCUGGGACCACGGCUGCUGCAGGCAGGCAGAGCCAGCUCUCAUCUUUUCCUGCACGCCUAGGGGCUGACGGCCUCCCCGCACCUGGCCCCAGGCACAACCAAGCGCUGCAUAUGCACGCUCCCAAGGCUGGAAGGAGACUUGAGCCUUGGCGGACGGAGCCGGGGCGUCGGAGCAAAGGCAGCUGAGCUGCCUGUGGGGAGAGGAAGGGGCUGUUUCUUUGUGUUGAGCACAGUCCUGCUUUCAAUAAAGUCACGUGCAUGCGUCA